UACUGCCCCUUUGAUGUGCGUUUGCAAAGUUUACAACAAACGAACAGCAAAAGAGGUUUCAAGGAAAACCGACGUGAUAAAUUAAACUACGAUAUUAAAUUGAAGUUGAAAUUGGAAAUAAUUAUAACCAAUUCUUUACACUUUCCAUCAAGGAUUUCGUUCUUAAGGAUUGACUCUUUUCUUGGCCUUUUCAACGACAACGUUCUUCGCAUCUAAUAGUAAGUCGUGUGCAUUUU